UGCUCUGGUUUAGCGAGAUGGACUGUGUUCCACAAACGCAGUGACACUCUGGCUGAGUGUGAUCAGACUUCAUGUAGAUCAGUGAAGGAGGGAUAUCAGAUGAUCCAUGAUCAGUACCUGAAGGGGAAUCUCUCUCUCAUCAUCACUGACGCUGAUUUCAGUAAGAGAGGCUGGUACACGUGUGACUGUGAUGGUAAAGAUCUCUGUGAUGUUCAUCUACAGAUUGAGCCCUUGAACACUACAGUUGAGAUGAUGGCCGGUGAUUCUCUGAUCCUAAGGGUGGACGUAUCAGACGCAGUGGACGUGACUUAUAACAGUACAGGUACACCUGGACCAUCCAGUGGUCAGAUCUGUACAGUGGAUGGACCCUCACUACAGUGUAAACCUGAAUACACACAGAGAUCAUCACUCACAUCUGGUGUUGAGCUGAGAAGAAUGACUCCAUCUGACAGUGGAGUUUAUACUGUAAUGGACAGCAGGAAUAAAGAGGUCAUUCACACCUACACAGUGACCGUCCAAGAUGUACAGCAGAGCUCGAUAUGGAAGGCUGGACAUCAGAAAGGAAACAGUGAUGGGUAUCAGAAGGGAAGUGAAGAUGGAUAUCGUAACGGAUUGGGAAUUGGAGCAGGGGUUUUUGGGGUCAUAGCUCUGGCUCUUGGUGUAAUUCUAGGAAUGUUCGGUGGGCCGUGGGUGCGUCGUCUAAUGGGCUUGUGUGUCCAGAUGUUCAGAGGAAAAGAUCCCUCAGACAGAAGAAGAGGCGAUCCUUCAGGUGUGUUACAAGCUGAAGACGUAGAAAGUGGUGUUGCCCUGGCCAGAGCUCCCCAGCCACAGCUCUGAAGACUAAACAGCUUCUGUAAGUUGUCUUUUUUCAGAGAUUCAGCAUCGUCUUCUGGGAAAAGUUGAAGAAAUAGAAGCUUGAUG